UUAUUUAUCUUUCACGUCUAAUGUACUCCAGUGCAUCACCAAGAUAAUACAAGUAUCUCGCACAUAAUCGGAAUUUUUUGGUGAGAGAAAUAUUCACUACCUGUGUUGAUUCGCAGUGUGCAUUAACGGUAUCAUGGCAGCGAAUAAAGGGUUGACCCGGGAAAAUACUGCAACUGGAGAUUCGACUGAUGUUAUUAACAUCCAACCAAUCAAGAAUGACGUAGGCGAAAGUGCUAGGCCUAAUGAGAGCACAUUACCCAAUGCCAAUCAAACCUAUUUUGCUGAUGCGAGGAUCCAGAUACCGGAUGUUGAUGAUUUUUUUAGUUUUAGAAAAUUAUGGGCUUUUACUGGACCAGGAUUUUUAAUGUCUAUAGCUUACUUAGAUCCAGGAAACAUAGAAUCUGAUUUACAAUCUGGAGUUAUUGCACGAUAUAAGUUAUUAUGGAUACUAUUGAGUGCAACAAUUCUCGGCCUAGUUAUGCAGCGAUUGAGUGCACGGCUUGGCGUUGUAACAGGUCUUCAUCUGGCUGAAAUGUGUUACAGACAAUACAAAAAAUUGCCUAGACUGAUGUUAUGGAUUAUGAUAGAAAUAGCCAUCAUCGGUAGCGAUAUGCAAGAGGUUAUAGGCACAGCCACAGCUCUUUAUCUUUUAACCAAUAAAAAACUUCCUAUAUGGGGAGGAGUUCUUGUCACUAUCAUCGACACAUUCACAUUUUUAUUUUUAGAUAAAUAUGGUUUAAGGAAAUUGGAACUCUUUUUUGGUUUUCUGAUCACAGUAAUGGCUGUAACAUUUGGUUAUGAGUAUAUUGUGUCAGCGCCACCACAAAUUGAAGUUAUUAAGGGAAUGUUUCUACCUUGGUGUCAAAACUGUAACACAAGAAUAUUAUUACAGGCUGUUGGUGUAAUCGGAGCUGUUAUAAUGCCUCAUAAUUUAUAUUUGCAUAGUGCACUUGUCAAGUCUCGAGAUGUAGAUCGAAGGCAAUCCAGUAAAAUUCGGGAGGCCAAUAUGUAUUUCUUCAUUGAAGCUACAAUCGCUCUAUUUGUGUCGUUUCUAAUUAACGUAUUUGUCGUAGCUGUUUUCGCUCACGGCUUAUUUAACAAAACAAAUGCAGAUGUUUUUGAAAUUUGUAAAGAAAAUAAUUUUUCCCAAGGAAUAAAUAUAUUCAAAAAUAAUAACGAGACGCUCGAUGCAGAUCUGUACAAAGGCGGCAUUUUUCUAGGCUGUCAAUUUGGCUUCGCAGCAAUGAUUAUUUGGUCAAUCGGAAUUCUAGCAGCUGGUCAAUCUUCAACUAUGACUGGGACGUAUGCUGGCCAAUUUGCGAUGGAAGGCUUCCUGAAUUUGCAGUGGGCGCGCUGGAAGCGAGUUUUAUUCACUCGUACCAUAGCUAUUGUACCGACUUUUUUCGUUGCCUUCUAUGCUAACAUCAACGAUCUCACUGGUAUGAAUGAUGUACUCAAUGCGAUGAUGAGUCUCCAAUUGCCAUUUGCCGCUCUACCAACCAUCGCCUUCACCAGCAGUACACAGAUCAUGGGCGAGUUCAAGAAUGGAAUAUUUAACAAACUUGUCGCCACAGCCUUAUCAUUGGUGGUGAUAUCAAUAAACGUUUAUUUCGUGUCUGAAACAGUAUCUGAAUUAGUUCAGAAUGAUCCAACUUACAGACAUAUAAUUAUACCAAUAAUUGUUAUUUUUGCUGUUUUGUAUUUAUUUUUUUGCCUUUACCUGGUUAUCCACAUGUGUAUUAGUAUGGGAGCCACAUCUCUGAGCAAAUUUCCUUUUAUUGAAAAGUAUGUGGGAGGACCUAUUGAAGCAAGUUUUGGUUUAACAAAUCCAGUUAUUUAUUCAAGGUAGGACGAAUGGAGAGAAUAUUCUUCUAAUUUUAAGAAAACACUCAAACAAAGUGCAAAAGGAUAAUAGCGAAUCCACUAUUCUGUUACAGUAUGGAUGGACGUUACAAAUCUCGUCACAUUUUUAUAUUAUGACUUAUGUAAAAAGAUUUUACUUAUAUA